GAGAAAUAAACAUUAGCUAGCAUCGCGCUAGCAUUUGAACGCCCUCCCUUACGACUUUUUCCUCCUUAACAACUGAAAUUUUGCAAGACUUUUUCCUCGGUUUAUGAAGCAUUUUCGGCAUACGAAUGGAUGAACCGGCUAAGUUGCGUGUAAAGCCCUUCAAAACAUGUUUGAGUCAGCGUGGAAAAAAAGCAUUUUUAGCCGAAGUGUGGUGGCAUGGCUUCCUGUGAGGACUCUUGAUAUGGAAUGCUUGGCUUAAGUUCAGUUCUUUCACGUCGCCAUGCAGCAGUGUGAACCCCCGCAGCAGCAGCAGCACGAGGAAAAACGGAAGUUGAAGGCUCGAGCCAGUGCGGAUUCGGGGGACAGCGAGGCGAGUGAUGCUUAUGAAUGUCGGAUCUGCGGCCACAAAACACCGGAUGUCUUUUUUCUCAGUCAGCAUCUGCGCUCUGUUCAUCCAGUUACUGCUCUGCCCGGCCCGACCUCAGCUAAAGAUGAGGAGAGUAAAGAAGCGCAAGACCAAACCUCAGAGGGACAGAAGAGCCCACCUGCAGGAAAUUCUGAAUUUUCUGAGGGGUCCAUGUCUUCCUCACCCAUGGACUCAGAAGAGACCAGCAUAAGUAUAAGCAAUGCAGAGAACCAGGUACCAGCAGCAGAGCAAAAAGAGACUGUGAAAAAAACACCUGCUGCUAAAGACAGCCAAAGCACUUCUCCUGCCUCCAUUUUGCCUCAGAGGAAAGCCUCAUCCUCUCUGGAGUUCAUAAAAGGAAGCCAAAGCGAGGACACAGCUUCUUCAGGCACAUCCGGCCUCAACCAGACGCACUUUGUGUGUCUUCCUCUGGUGUCCGAGGGACUAAAGCUGGUUUGGGUGCGCUCUGAGCAGACUACUGAGCUGGAUGCAGUUUCAGAGCUGGUAGAAGCGUUUAAUGCCUUCCCUUACCCCACAGAGCAGGAGGCCAGCGCUCUGGCGCGCCGCUGCUCCCUGUCACCCGAGCGUGUCAAAGUGUGGUUUAUGAUGCAGCGCGUGCGCUAUGGAAUCAGCUGGGCAGACGACGACAUACAGCAGACACGGCUCAAGCUACGGCAUCUGCAAAGAAUGUCGCUCGGAGAGGAGGGUGAGGAAGACGAAGAAGAGGAUUAUAUAGUACCUGAAGAAAGGACACCUGAGAGUUUUCAUCAGGGCGGGAAACAAGCGCCUGCGAUGGACAUCUAUACGGGUUAUACACACUACAUACCACAACCAGUUUUCUCCCAGGAAGAAGUCAAUGACUACAACAGCAGGCAAAACAGCAUCAUUCCUCAGUACAGCAAUGGUUUACCACCUAUUGUUCAGGAACAACCUGUAAACCAUAUUGUCGCCAAUUUUCAAAAUGCAUCUGUGGACAAAGAGCACACUCAGUUGCCCAGAGAUGUAAAUCAUUUACCUCCUCAUGAGCCCAAGACUGAGAGCUCCAGCACUUAUCGAUCACUGUCAAAAUCAGCUGUGGUUUGUGGACCUCCCAUCAUCCAGCAGAGGAAGAAGUCCAAAGCCCAGUUGAUGGCACUCCGGCGUAGUUUUGUCCAAAAAAACUGGCCAUCUGAGGCUGAGGUGCAGCGGCUGCAGCGGGUCACCGGGCUUGGAAGGCACGAGAUCCGGAAGUGGUUCGCUGACAGUCGCUACCAGCUUCGCAGGAGUGGUCGGUCCUGGCUGGCUGAACUGGCCAAGCCAAGUCAGUCACCAGAGCCGUCGGGCCAACAGCAGCUAAACAGCGAUGAUUUUCAGGAAGAUGGCGAGACCUCAGGGGCGGGGCUUGACUUUGAGCUCGAUAUCGACAUGGAGGAUCAGCAGGGGCCUGUAGAAGAUGGAGCGAGUGAGUCGGAGUCGAGGAAAGACGAACAAAGUGAAGAGCUGUCACAAAAAGACGACCAAGCUCCCGUUAAACCGGAGCGCCGGGAGUCCUCUAUUAUCCCUUCUCCAUCUCCUGCGUCCUCUUCUCCAUCUCCAUCUCUCCUCCAAGGCUGGAACCCCAGCCUGGGUCCCGAGCCCAACCUCCGGAAGAAAACAUGGGAGCAGUUGAACAUGCUGAGGCAGAGUUUCCUGCAGUGUCAGUGGCCCACAAGCGAAGACUACACACUCUUGCAGCAGAAGACGGGCUUGACACGGACAGAGAUCGUUCAGUGGUAUGGGGACACGCGCUACCACAUUAAACACUCCAACCUGCGCUGGAUUCACCCAGACGACAGGGAACGUGUUCGUGCAGGUGUCAUGAAGCAACAGAAGAGAGCAGGGAAGGGUCCCAGAAGCAGGAGAUGGACAGAGGGAACAAAUUCAAGCUUCAGGUUUAGGGAACCUCAACCAAGUAACAGGAAAGGAGGAAGUGAAACGAAGUCAUGGGAGGAAUUAUACAAGACGGCUUCCUCAGUACUACCAGGGGGUGAACUUUGACCCUGGGGUAUUUUUAGAUUAAAUGUUAAAGAGUAUUUAGAAUAGCAGGAAAGUAGAGGCUGGACUCUACAUUGCUGCCAAAUGCUGUAUUUCAUGAAGUUUUUUUUUUUUUUUUUUUUCUGUCUCAUAUGUUCUCAUGUCCAGUAUUUCACACCACUAACGGAUUGUCGCGUUGAUAUAAUCCAGUGCCUCGUCAGGACCUUUAAUACACAACAUAUAUUAGUUUUAUCUAUCUGAGCAGUUUCAUUUAAGCUGAAAUUAUUUAUGAGAACACUAAGGACGAUGUUCAGAGCGGCUAGCAGAACACAAGCACUGGUUGAAACUGCUGUUUUCAUGUGUAGCAUUUCAGUGUUCAACAGGAUAGGAGCGUGAGUAGAAAUUAGUUUUCAGGUCUUUUUUAAUGCACAUUUUCAGAUGUUUAUUUAAAAAAACAACAAAAAAAAAAACAAGAAUAACUGACUUUUAGUGUACUAACAUGGUUCAGAUCUUCCAGACCAUGAAUCCUUUAAAAGUGUUGCUUUUUGAAAGAACAGGCAGUGUGAAAAUCAUUUGAAACGGUUUUAAGAUUAUUCUUUUACAUCCUUUUCUUGUAUGUUAAUUAUUGCGCAUUUCAGUUAUAAAUUAUUAGACCAGGACCAUAAUCCAACAGACAAAAAGCUUGAAUGAUGCAUUUGAUAUUCUAUGCAUUUAAUUAUUAUUUAGUUGACUAGAAAAUUUCCUUUACUGCUUUUGAAGAUUUUUGUACCUAUUUCUAGAAAAUGUUUUCCCUUGGUUACAAUGACAUUUUAACUCAAUAAAGUGGACUUCAGGAUU